AACACAAACAGCCCGGAAACAGCGCUGUGAGGAGUGCGGAGUCUCUGUUGAGCUUCCUGUCUUGUAAUCCACUUGUUGCGGAGGAGAGAAGGAAACUAACGGAAACUAAAAACAGCGGCAGUUAGUGAAAACGUUUACCCAGCGAGAGAGCGCCAUGGUCGGUCUGAGGGGAACCGGGGUUCUCGGAGUCUCCGUGGCUCUGGCGGGAGGAGCCGCCUAUCUUAUCUGGACUUACGCGUCCUCCUCCACCGGGAAGAAGAAGACAGAAACACGACCGAGAAAAGAUGGACCCGGAAAGGAAAAAGGAGAGGAAAAAGGAGAGGAGGAAGGAGAGGAAGAAGGAGAGGAGGAAACUGUGGAGGUCGCAGCCGCGGCUCCUCUUCAAGCUGCUGCAGCUCCGAAAGCACCGGAGUUGAGGCCCGAGGAGUCAGCGGGGACACAGGUGCUGGUUCUGGGUCUGGAUGGAUCCGGUAAGACCAGCCUGCUGCACUGCCUGGCCUCGGGGUCCCUGGAGCAGGACAUGGAGCCGACUCAAGGCUUCAACGCCGUCUCCAUCAACAGAGAAGAUCUGCACAUCGAGUUUUUAGAGAUUGGAGGUAAACAGGACCUGAGACAGUACUGGCAGAGGUACAUGCAUAAGGCUCUCAUGCUGGUCUUCGUGGUCGACUCCUCGUCACCUCAGCUCUUUCCCAUCGCUAAGAAGCAUUUACACGAGCUGCUGGAAGGUCACCCGAGACUUCCUGUGAUGGUGCUGGCUCACAAACAGGACCUUCCAGGAGCCGGCAGCAUCACUGACCUCCACGACCUCCUGUCUCUGUCGGAGCUCGGAGACCGACGCUUGUUUCUCAUCGGCACGCACGUCAGGAAGGGAGACGCCGAGCUCAGCUCAGGCGUGCAGGACGCUCGAGACCUCAUCUUCCAGAUGGUUUGUAACGGCAAAUAAAAAACACACACACACCGGACUGUGGUACAGAUUGAUGUCACUCCAUCUAGUUUUUAUAAAAAAUAAUAAUAAUACUGUUUCACUACGGCAGGUUGGCUGCAACGCUUUUCUUUAUUUAUGAUUUAAAACAUGUUUUUCUUGUUUUGGUUUCAUGUAGUUCGGGUUAUGAAAAUUCUCGAUGACUCCAAUGUUUUAUUUUCACCAAAGAUUUAUUUUUGUUUCAGGGCAGGUGAUCAACAAAAAGAGUCAUAUUUAAUUCAUUCAUUAAUUUAACGAGGCAGACUGUGACACCAGCAACGUGUGCGUGUGCGCGUGUGUGUGCGUGUGUGUGUGCGCGUGUGUGUGCGCGUGUGUGUGUUGGCAUUGAAAAUAAAAAAAACACAGUUUGUUGUUCUGAAUGUUGUUUCAUAAUGUUCUUCAUAUUUCAUUUCCUCAAAAUGAACAUCUUAAACUGUAAUGGGUUAGAUUUUGAUUUAAAAAAAUAAAUAAAAAUGAAGCGAUCGUUUCUGUUUUGAUGGUAAAAUGAGAAGUUUAAUCCACUCACUCGUCCGCUCGUUAAUGUUUUCACACAGUGACCUCUCUCUGCUGGUUUUUACAGCUUUACGACAUAGAUUGUGCGACUUGUUGGAAAAAAAAGCUUUCUGAUUGGCCCUUAAUAUAAAGUUAGAAAAUAAAAUAGUGCACUUCAACUAUUCUAUGAUGUCUUAUGUCAGAGUGGAUCAGGACCUUUACACUUUAUGUGUUUUUAGCUUUAGGACUGUUACUUUGGUUUGCAGCUUUAGAAACGUUCUGCACACUGAGAUGUAUUUCUGAAGUUGUGUGUCUGGAUCUUCAAAAAUGGGAAUUUAGUUUAUCCUAAAAGGAAGUUUCUGCACAUUUUCUGAAGCGUCUUUUUGCUGUUCACUGAGAAGUCUGCACUCAGUUACUUGCUUCUUGUUAUGUCUGAAUAAAGUCUGAUUUGGGAUGAUUGUGAACCACAGCUGAACCACAGAAAACCUGUUUCAUCUGUGAGGAACUUUCAAAGAGCUCAUUUUUAAAACUUUAACCAAAACGUCCAACAUAGUCUUCAGUAUUUUGUUUAUAGGUUGUUCCCUGUUUGAUAUCAUGUUUUUGUGUUUAAAUAAAUACUUUCCACUA